GCCGCUGACCCCCACCCACCCCCAACUACGCCCAUGCACACAAACCCAGUACUGGAACUUGGUAUUGCUUCUUGAUCACAAGACAGCAGGGGUUGAGGAGUCCCUCUCUGGGGACAGGAUCAAUUCCUCACCUCCCCCCCUGGCAGCUCUUUAAACGGCCUAAGGUCCUGCCAGCGCUGAGGGAGAUUGUAGCCUACCCACCGCCUGCCUUGACACACUCCUGGAGAAAUAGGAAGGGGAAGCUUCCCGCUUCCUGUUCCUUCUGGAAUCAUCGCUCCAUCCCCUGUACCCUAUAUGUUGUAACUGAGCCAAAAAGUAGGCAUAGCGGAAAUAAUCACGCAAUCUUCCUCUUCCUGCUUCUUGUAACCAACUCGCUGGCUCCCAUUUCCUCUGCUGAUGGCCGUGUCUGUAUUUAAGUGCCUCCAGACUCUCUGUGUGUCACAGGAGGGGUUCCUGCGUAAAUUUAGGUACACUGUUGUUCUGGUGCAAGAAACCCUGCUUAAAAAUGAAUAAAAAUGGAUCUUCUGCGGUUAGGGAACUGACAGUGUAAUGCACUGAGAAGUGUGGGGUGAGCAAAUGAUGAAUGGGAAGGCAUGUAAACACACCAGGAGUAACUCAGGAUGAAUGCUCUUUGUUGUGUAAGUGCCCCAUAAGUAAAUCCAAAGGAAAGCACAGUAAAUAGUUAGCCGCAGGGUAAAGCAAACCAGGAAGGAUGCUGAAUUGUCCACAGGAAGCGUUAGACUGUAAGCUUCUUCUGCAAAUGCAGCUAACUUGAUGUUGCUAGGCUACGGUUCUCAUCACUCCCAGCCAGCAUGCCCAGUGGUCAAGGGUUAUGGGAAUCCAACAACAUCUGGAGGAGACAGUGCUACAUAAGGCCUCAUUCUUGUUUCAGUGUGUAGAAGGCGUUAGUCUGGUUCACACAUAACACUAAACCUUAAUUUGUGGAACUGUGUUUUAUUACAUGAUGGUGUGGCAUUAAAUGUGAACCAUGUCCUAUGGCUUAACUAUGGUUUCUUUAUUGCCAUCAAGCCAUCAUCCGAAGCCACAGCUUGUUGGCUUAUAAAUCUUGGCUUGUUUUAAUUAUGACUUGAUGCAUGUUUGUUUUUGGUUUUUUGGUUGUAAUUCAGAAAAGUGAACAAGGAAUAAUUUUUUUUAAAAAAAGCAAAGGUAUGGGGCAAGAGUAGCUGGAAAAUAAAGCAAACUGGAGAAGCAAACUGGUUUGUUUGAUCAUCUGUGAGGCAACUUGUGGUUUGUGAAACAAACCGUGGCUUAGCAUUAAGACAGACCGAUAUGCUCCUUUAUAAUGUGUUUUUGCUAACAUUUUACCAUAUGCUGUCCACACCAGUGGGCAAAGUUGGGUGAGAAGUAGCCAGGUUUCACCUUGAUAUACCAUUGCCCACAUAAUUUGUUUUACGGCAGAAGUGUGCAAUUCUUAGACUCACAGAAUUGUAGAGUUGGGUCAUCUAGGACUCAUCUACAUUAGUAAAAAAAACUGCUAUGAAUGCGUUAUAAACAUGCAACACUAGAUGGUGCUGUAGAGCAAAGAAUUAUCUUCGCGAUUUUCCAUUGCGAGGUUCCCCCCCCUUUUUUGUUAUAAUGAUUUAAUUUCUGACUUAUAUAUUGCGGGGGGUUUUCCCCUUUGUGUAGAUCCACCCCUGUUUUAACCCGCUGCAAUGCAGGAAUCUAAACUGAAGCAUCCAUGACAGAAGGUCACCCAACAUCUGCUCAAAAACCUCCUUCGUUCAACAUUGCUCCUGUGACUUCCAACACCGUUCCACUCCUUGCGCAGCAUGGAAACUCAUGUGUUGCUCCAGCUGCUGAAGUUACACCUUGAGGUGUUGGUUGCGGUGCUCCACUCAGCCAUCAGCCGAUGCAACGCCUAUCUUAUGAGUAUCAGAAGGCGGCAGAGGAGGAGAGUGCUGAUAGGGCGGGCGAUUCAGAACCACAUCUUGAGGACUAGGCGCAUCAUUCAGAGGAGGAGGAGCUGCAGACAUAUGGUUCCUAUCGUCACCUUGUUGGAAAGCGGGCCGAAAUUGCGGCGCUGGUGGGUCUGCCCCACCAAGCAGCAUUGGUGGGAGCGUUCCAUGCUGGGGACCCGGGACGACGAAACGUGGAUCGAGAGCUUCCAGAUGAGCAGAGGGACCCUCUUUGAAAUUGCGGACGUCCUCCGACCCCAGCUCCAGAGGCAGAGAACUAUCAUGCGGGAAGCCAUCCCCGUCGAGAAGCGGGUCGCUAUCGCCGUGUGGUGGCUUUCUAAUCUGAAGUGCUACCGCGAAGUUGCCGCUCAGUUUGGAGUCGGGAGGUCGACGGUGGGAGAGAUCGUUCUGGAGGUGUGCUUUGCCAUCAAGCACCUGCUCAUCCAGAAGACAAUCUAUUUGGGCGACUACUGGAAGAUCAUGGAUGGUUUCAGGAAGAUGGGAUUCCCUCACUGCGUUGGCGCAAUGGACUUGACGCAUCUGUCCAUAAUAGCCGCUACGGGUCCGGGAGACGAGUGCAACAAGCCAAAGAACUUCUGUUCCAUUCUGCUUCAAGGGACAACCGACCACACUGGCCGUUUUACUAACAUUGAAGUGGGAUGGAGCGGGAAGAAACACGAUGACGUGCAGAUCUUCCGCAAAUCUGCGCUGUGCCAAGCUAUGGACGAGGGCACCUUUGUCCCGGGGAACCCGACUAUCAACAUUCAGGGUGUGGAGAUCCCACCUCUAAUACUCGCCCAUAGCACCUACCCUAUGCGGAAGUGGCUCAUGAAGCCCUACGGAGGCCCCUUGGACCAGAGGAAGACCAUCUACAAUAGGACUUUCAACCACUGCCACAACGUGGUCCAGCAGGCCUUUGGCAGGCUCAAGGCAAGGUGGCGUUGCCUCACUGCGAGGCUGCCAGUGGCAGAGGAGAACGUUUUGGCGGUGGUCACCGCAUGUGUCGUGCUGCACAAUAUUUGUGAGACCAAGGGGCACACCGUUCCCGAAGGUGUGGACAUCUCUGAGCACGUACUGUUGGCAGCAUAUAACGAGGACUGCCAUUCCUACGAAACCAGCAGUGAGUCGGGAGGCGAGGAGGUGCGCAAUGCGAUCUCACAUUACCUGGCAGGAAAUACUGAAUGCUGAGAUCUGGACUUUGCAUUUCGGUGUGUUUGGCAUUUGUUUUGUAAAUAUAAUUGCCUUGGUUAC